GGUAAUAUCGGCGUUAUAGAAUCGUAACAUAGACGGGGGUCAAACCCCCAUCCGAAUCGAAACCUCUCUUUCAGUUCGCCGAGCAAAGCCAUGUGAUCAAGAUUACUCAUUUUAUUGUCACCAUCCUCUAUCUCUAUAUUACGACGAUGUCCUGCCUCUUCCGGCCUCCCGCCGUCUCUCCCUUGUUUCCAAAGCCCACUGCCUCGAGGCCUCGCCUGUCGAUGGCCGCCAGUUGCUCGACCUCCGGCCUCACAGAGCACCGGAAGCUCCCCGUCCUGCUCUUCGAUAUCAUGGACACCAUCGUCCGCGAUCCCUUCUACCACGACAUCCCCGCCUUCUUCCAGAUGUCCAUGAAAGAACUCCUAGAAAGCAAGCACCCGACUGCAUGGGUUGAAUUUGAGAUGGGGUUGAUUGAUGAGAAUGAGCUUGCUAAAAAGUUUUUUAAAGAUGGAAGACCAUUUGAUUUGGAAGGUCUCAAACAGUGCAUGCUAAGAGGAUAUUCCUACAUUGAUGGCAUUGAGGAGCUGCUCCAUAGUUUGAAACAAAACAACUAUGAAUUGCAUGCUUUUACAAACUAUCCAAUCUGGUACAAGAUGAUUGAAGAGAAGUUACAACUCUCGAAGUAUUUGUCAUGGACAUUUUGUUCUUGUAUAAUUGGGAAAAGGAAGCCUGCUUCUGAAUUUUAUAUGGAAGUGUUGCAUCAUCUUGGAGUUGAGGCAGCAAGUUGUAUCUUCAUUGAUGACAGGAGGGCAAAUGUGGAGGCAGCUGGGAAUGCGGGCAUGGUUGGGUUGCAUUUCAGGAAUGUGGACACUCUCAAACAAGAAUUAUCUUCAUUGGGAGUUGAGAUGGUAACUCUGGAUAGCAUGUAAGCCAGAAUCUAUCCAUAUUUUCCAUUCUUGCAGAGGAUAAUCUGACGUUAUUUGACCCUAUUGUUUCAAGUAUUGUUCCUAUUAAGAUGCUAAUGUCUGUAUAGUUCGGGGGAAAACAGAGACAGAGACAUUCUUUGUAUAGCUUGUAUUUGCUAUAGCAUAUUUAUAUGUCAUUUCAUUCAUUGAUCA